AUGAGUUGUCAGAAUAGUUAUCCAACUCCUCCUUCAUAUUAUAAAGACUUUGAGUCCUCUGCAACUGCAUUACCCCCACCUCGCCCAAUUGAAGGUGAAUUCUGGAGCAAUGGGUCUGUUCGGUGUCGUGAUAUGCCAAUCUUUGAAACUGUAAAACCUGUCUAUAAACAAUUGUACGAUGAAAGAAAAUUUAAAGAAAAUGGUGAUGCCAAGGCAGAAGCCGCGUAUAUGCUUUUAAAUCAACUCAUGUCCUCAUUUCUCAGGUUAUUAGAGCAAGCAAACGAAACAAGCAAAGAUUCAUUAGAGUAGUCGUUAUUGAGCGUUUUCUUAGAAGGCCAUUGAUGAAAGAAAUUGAAUGCAUUGUAAUGAAUAUAACGCGCUUGCUGAAUUACAUUCGUCCUUAUCAGUUACGGGAAAAUCUUAUUCGUAAGUUAAAACAGCAGGUAGAACAGAAAGAGAAAAUGCUGGGAGAAAUCAAAUCAAAAAUGGAGGAGUUCAAUGAGCAUAUCGCGGAAUGUCACAAGGCAUUGGAUUCCAAAGAUAAUCCUUCGGAAGUUGAAUCCAUUCGACAAAGACUGGAAGCAUUAAUUCAACGAGAAGAAUCAUCCCCUAAGAUGGAUGAAGAGU